AUGGCUUCCAAUACACCCACCGCUAGUGCGCCUCUCUCCUCUGCAGAAGUUGAAGGCAUGCUGGCUAUGCUCGUCCAGGGCCUGGAUACCAUCGAGGCCGCAACCUCCAAACUCUCCGAAAAGCUCGAAAAAGGGUUGAUCCAAGGUUUGAUGGCCCAAGACCGUUCAGAAGAAGUGCUUCAAAGGCAGCUGGAUGAUUCAGCCAUGGAGGUUGCGACCCUGCAACGCCGCUUGCAGGAUCUGGACCGCGACCAGUGCGUUACAAAGAUGAGGGUUACAAAGCUUGAGGAAAAGUCCGCAAAGCUUGAGGAAAAGUACGCAAAGCUUGAGCGAAAGUCUGCAAAGCUCGAAGCCGACCUGCCCACCACAUAUCUCAAGCUCCUGAACAAGCUCGGGAAACUUGAACACCGGAUCGCGGACAUGGAAGAGGCACGACACGUCGAGCAGCACGAGCGAUCGUCCAAGGGUGCGGGCAACGUGUGA